AUGGGUGUUAUUCGUGAUAAUUGUGGUAGGUUACUUGCAGCUUAUUCUGUGUUCUUGGGCCCAGGUUCUAAUAAUUUUACUGAAAUGAGAAGUAAUUUGUUAGAAUGUGUUCGUAGGUGCUAUCAAUUGGGCUUCUCUCGGGUUGAGAUUGAGACUGAUUCUCAACGUUUAGUUAAUUGGAUUAUCGAGGGUGAUUGUAAUAUCUGGUAUUUAGAGGAUUUUUGGGAUGAAUUACAUGUUUAUCUUAAUUGCAUAGAGUAUGGAGUGAGCCAUGUUUUUCGGGAAGAUAAUGUCAUGGCUGAUUUUCUUGCCAAGUGGGGAGUUGGUGGUUUAAAUUCGGAUGGGUCUGGUGAUUAUAUGCUACCUGAUAGUCUAAGAUGUCUUCUUCGCAUGGAAAUAAGUGACCUCCCUUAUUUGCGGAUCUUGUAG